AUGGUUGGUCCAGUACAAAGCGAAGAAUCAUCGUUAAGUCCUAACAUAGAUAAUACUCAACAACAACAACAUUAUCGACUUCAAUUACUAGCACAGGCUGUUGAAAAAGUAGAAAGUGAGUGUUCACAAAAAGCACUUACUGCAACAACAUCUGCUCCUAAAAAACAACAAAAUCAAAUUCCAAUCGAUUCUCUUUCCAUGACAUCAUCAUCAUCACAACAACAACAAGAGUUAUUAAUGCAAUUACUUGCUCAACAAAAUGUUGCUGCAGUGAUGGCUGCUGCGGCAGCGGCAGCAGCAGCACAACGUCAAGUUCAACAACAUAAAUUAGAACCAAUAUCUCCACCAUCAACAUCAUCAGCAUCAUCAACAGCUGAAAGUCCAAUAGAUUUUUCUUCUCGUCGUUCAACAGAUGAUAUCAAUGAAUGUUCAACACCAAUAUCAUUAUCACCAUUACCAAAUCAACCACAACAAAUUAUUUCAACAAUGUUACAAAAUCUUCAAUCAUCAAAUAAUUAUCCAUUUUUAUUAACAAAUAAAAAUGGUAAACCAACACGACCAUUUAAAGCUUAUCCACGUGAACCAUUAAUGUUACCACUUGGAUUUUGUCCUAGUACAACAUCGGAACAAACAAAUAUUUUUGCUGAAGCAGCUAGUCGUGCAACAGCUAAUCGAAAACGACUUACUCAAACACAAGAACGUCUUAAACAACGUUUACAACAACAGCAACAACAACAACAACAACAACAACAAUUAUUAAGUACAACACAUUUUAUAUCAUCAUCUGGUACACAAAUUUUACAACCACCAAAAAAACGACAUCGAAUGAUGGAAAAUCCAAUAACAAAUGAUGAAAAAAUUAUAUCUAAUGAACAAAAUGAUGAUACAAAUAAUGCAAUCAAAGAUGAUACAUAUUGGGAACGGCGAAGAAAAAAUAAUGAAGCUGCUAAACGUAGUCGUGAUGCAAGACGUGCUAAAGAAGAUGAAAUUGCUUUAAGAGCAGCAAUUUUAGAACAAGAAAAUAUUAAAUUACGUCUUGAAUUAUCACAACUAAAACAAGAAACGGCUAAAUUGCGGUGUAUGAUUCAUGCAUCUUCAUAG